AUGCAUAGGUGCUAUUGUGGUCACAGCGGUGGUAGCUUUGCGGGCACGGGCAGCAGCAUCUUGAAGUCAACGAGCCACGUUAGCAGACUGCAGCAGCAGCAGCAACCGCUACGCACUGAUCUCUUAUCGUUGACGUCAUCAUCCAGGCAGAGCAUGCGACCGACGCAGUUUGUUAAGCAGAUCAAUCUGAAAAGGAAUAACGAGAUGGGCUUGGGCCACUCCAAAAGCGAGCUGAGCCGUAAUUUUAGCAGACGCAAUUCCGCAACGACAACAUUAAGCCACUGUUCCAGCUGCUGCAGCUCUAGUGGGUGCGGCGCCCUACAACAACAACAGCGCGACAGUCGCGUCAAGGUGCUAAGUUGGGGUGUCGGCGAGUACCGGAAUAGCAACGGGUCCAAUAAUAAUAACGCCCAUUGCGAGCACACCGAUAACCGACGCCUCUACGAGCAGCGCGCCUGCGCCGUCAGCCGCAUAGCAACUGAAGGUCAGGGUCAGGUUCAAGGUAGGAGCACAGAGACUCCCUCAACUUUGCCCAACCCCACACCGGAAGGCGUUGACGAACUGCAGCGCCUCCAGUCGUUACAACAAUUCAGGCUUCUCAAUGCCAGCGAAUGUUUCAGUGCCCAGAGACAGGAUGAACUGCGUCUACAGCACGCCUACGACAAACUAGGCGUGGCUGACAAUGUGAAGAGGCAGAAGAACAAAGCCAACGAAUGCAGGCAGCAGACCGUGAAGGCAAUGACAUCGGCAGGUCCGACGCCUUAUGCCCUGCGUCAGAAGCUCUUGCAGCUGCGACUACAAGAGGAGGAGGCAACCGGCAGAGGCUGUGGAGCCCCUUGCGCACCGUUGGAGCGCAGCUGUGCCCUGAGAUAUAAUUGA